CAAUCGGGUCUCCCCAGCGGUCAGACACUUGGUUUCUGAGGAAAACAAAACAAACCAGCGCCUCUAUUUAACCAUCGGAUUGUAUUUAAACAUCAAUAACUAGCAGGUACCGUUCGUUAAGAAGCCAGGCGUCGGUAUAGAAACAGAUAAACAACAGUAGCCUUUGUCGAACGGGAUUAACGAUCAUUUUCUCAGAAUAGCUUGAGAGUAUUUUUAGCGAGAAAGCUAAACGUUACGAGAUAGUCACGCGACGGCAUACAUUCUGCUAGCUGUCGUUAUCUAACCCACAUUAUCCAGCAUUAGUCAAACUAACUAUUUGUUGACAGAUCGUGGACAUCUUAGACUCUGACACACACAAAGAAAUAGGCAACGUUGGCGGAAACACGCCCGUCUUCUUCUUAACCCUAUCUUGUAGAUUACACUGCAGCCAGGAGUCACCUGAGGUUUAUUGAGCAACAUUGCAAAGUAGAACGUGACAAACGUAGCUACGGCUCGUAAAGUGUAGCUCCAGCUCCUACGGCUGUGAAGUCAUGUAUGACGCGAGCUGCCCAUUGCUCAACAGCGUUCUGCUCAGCUUGUAGCGGUGGAGAGGUUUGGUUUCCAUCACUGGGAGAUUUCGGCUCGUUUAGCUGCAACAUGCCUGGGAUGGUGGUGUUCGGUCGGCGGUGGGGGAUCGCCAGUGACGACCUUGUCUUCCCCGGCUGCUUUGAAAUAUUCGUCCGCGUGCUUUGGUGGAUUGGCACUGUGGUCCUCUACACCUACCACAGGGGCCACUUCGAAUGUAAUGGGAAAGGAGUCUUGCACACCUACCUGGUGGGACUGCUGGUUGUGCUCGGGCUCAUCAUCCUGUCAUUAUGGGCUAUUGUCUAUGUCAGUGCCCAAGGAACCAUCACAAACCCUGGCCUGCGCCGCUCUAUCCCUGCCCUGGUGUACCUGCGAGCUCUGCUCUACAUUCCUGAGCUGGUGUGGGCAUGUCUGGGAGCCGUCUGGGUUUCUGACGAUAGCAAAGGCUGCGAUCUUGCCACAGUGGGUUCUGUCAUCGCAGCAGUGAUUGCCAGCUGGAUCAUCCUGCUCUUUACGGUGGUUGGCGUGGUGUUUGUGUUUGACCCCCUGGGUAACCCCCGUCCUCAGCCCCCUGCCAUGGAACCUCUGGGAGUACGAGACAUGGAGAGCACCGAGGGCACCCAGUUCUUCUCCACAGCUCGCUCCAUCGCCACCAAGGUGUGGGAGAACAGGCUGCGGCUCCUGUGCUGUUGUCUGCCGCAGGAUGAAAGCAACCGAGCGGCGUUCUCCAGCAUCUCCCAGCUCUUGAGCGGAUUCUUCUCGGACACAGAUCUGGUCCCCAGUGACAUAGCAGCUGGUUUGGCUCUGCUGCACCAGGAGCAGGAUAAAAUGGAGCAAAGCAGGGACCCAGACGAAAUAGUGCCUCACAGUCCAUCCUCUCCCAUUGGAGAAGACUUGGAGACAGAGUUGGAGAAAGCAGCUCACUGUAUGCAGUUUGCUGCAGCAGCAUAUGGCUGGCCGCUGUACAUUUUCUCCAACCCCCUCACUGGGCCCUGCAAACUCAGUGGAGACUGCUGUAGGAGUCAUGCAGCUGAGUAUGACAUCGUAGGAGGAGACCACCUUGGCUGUCACUUCUCCUCCAUCCUGCAGAGCACUGGUUUGCAGUACAGAGACUUCAUCUAUGUCAGCUUUCACAACCAGAUCUAUGAGAUCCCCUUUUUCGUGGCCCUGGAUCACAAGCGAGAGGCCGUUCUGGUGGCCGUCAGAGGAACACUGUCACUGCGGGACGUCCUGACAGACCUGUCUGCUGAAUGUGAGAACCUGCCUAUAGAAGGAGUGAUGGGAGCCUGCUAUGCUCACAAGGGCAUGUGCCAGGCAGCCAGUUACAUCUACAAGAAGCUGGUCAACGAUGGCAUCCUGAACCAGGCGUUUUCUGUCGCACCGGAGUAUAAACUGGUCAUCACUGGUCACAGUCUGGGCGCUGGCACAGCUUCACUGCUCGCCAUACUCCUGCGCAAUUCCUUCCCCACCCUGCAGUGCUACGCAUUUUCUCCACCAGGGGGACUCCUGAGUAAAGCCUUAACUGAUUACUCAAAGGACUUUGUGGUGUCUGUCGUGUUGGGAAAGGAUCUGGUUCCCAGACUCAGCAUUCCGAACAUGGAGGAUCUGAAGAGAAGGAUUCUUAAAAUAGUUUCAAACUGCAAUAAACCCAAAUACCGCAUCCUGCUACAGGGAUGUUGGUAUGAGCUGUUCGGAGGAGACCCGGAUGAUUUCCCCACGGAGAUGGAAAACAGGAGGGAGGAGGAGCUCAGCCAGCCGCUGAUGGGGGAGGAGUCACUGAUGAUUCGCCACUCAUCAUCCUAUCAGAGCCUCGCCUCAGAUGACUCGCCUGCCCACAAGGCAGUUAAUUUACCCCUGUUCCCACCUGGACGCAUUCUGCACAUCACAGAGGACGGGCCGUCAAGGAGAUCCUGUUUUUCCCAGGCCAGGUACCGCGCCGAGUGGUCCAAUGAAAUGGCUUUCAGGAGCAUUCUGAUCAGCCCCAGGAUGCUUUCGGAUCACAUGCCUGAUGCUGUGCUUCGAGCGCUCAACAGUCUGACCAGAGAUAGGCCCUUCUCCCUCUGCCCGUCGUCUCUCAGCAUCAGCCAGCACAACACUAUCUGACGUGUCCCAAACACACUGACUCCUUGUCCUGUCUGCUAAGCCUACUACUGUUUAUAUAAAUAUGUAAGCCAUUUGAGUUUCUCCUGAUCCAGGAUCAUUUCAACUACUUCACUCGGCCUGAAGGUUCUCUUUACAACCAUGUUGGUCCCAGGCCUUAGUAGCGAGCUUUUUAAGUAUAAACAUUUGCAGUUGAUUGUAAUGAAAAAUGAAAACACAUGAAAGAUGUAUCUGUUGUGAUCUGCAUGAAUGAAAAGAAACAUGCCGGAGCACCAGGACUUGAUUGUUAAGUUGCACUUUUAAUUAUUUGAUGUAAAUAAUUUGUUUUCUCCCAGCUCUCCGAGUUAUUUCAAGAGCAAAUCAUGCCAUGAUCUUUGAAUGUGCAUUGUGCCGUUGUAAUGUGAGUGUUCUACAUCUUAUGUUUGUAUGUGCGUGUUGUAUGUUUGGUGGAGGCUGCCCCCCCUCCUCCUCGUGCACUCAGCAGUGUCGGCUCUGCUCUUCCUUAAACGUGGAGAUGGCUGAGGAGCAGCCUCAUUCUGUGUGAGGAGGUUACUCUGACCUCCACAUGUGGACUUCAGCUUCACAUCUCCAUUGUAUUAGUAACUGUGGUUAGUCUGUCCUGUGUUUAACGUCUUGAGACAUCAGGGUGAACAGUGCCUAUGCAUUACAAAAAAAGUCAGAAUUGUUUUUCAGAAAGACUGAAGAGUGCUGUGUGUUUACAGUAAGUGGUUCAGCAUUUUUCUCCAAUGCAGUUUGAGUAGUGCACAGUGUUUGGUAUAAACAUGAUAGAUGUAAGUGGUAGAAAGAUUGUUGAUUUUGUGGAAACCUGUUUACUUGCCAUGGAUAUUGCAUAUUUUAUUUCAGGUAAUAUAUUGUUUAAAUAAUAAACUGAUGCCUGCAUAACUAUCUCACAUCCCCUAUGAAAGGAGUUGGACUCGUCAGUGCGAAUAAAAGCUUCUCCUGAA